ACAAAGCUGGAGGACAGAUAGAAAAAUGGAGCGCUUUUGGCUGUGGAGGGUUUUAAUACUGCUUCUAGUUAGUCAUUUAUGUUUGAGUGGUGCAUCCGGAAAACAGUGGGAGAAAAUUAGAGAAAAGAUUUCUGAUGCUGUUAAAGGGUAUAAUCCAUGCAACCCUGUCAACUGUAGCUGCCAUCUAAGUGUCCUCCUACAUGACUUGCACCCUUUUAAAGGGGGAAUCUCUGAGGAUGUCAUGGCUGCUACAGUUCAAAGAGGGGUGGGCACCCACUAUCAGAUCAUUGGAAAUAAGUUGUACAGGGAACACAAUUGUAUGUUCCCUGCCAGGUGCAGCGGGGUGGAGCAUUUCAUUCUAGAGGUGAUCAACAAGUUACCUGACUUGGAGAUGGUGGUAAAUGUCAGGGAUUACCCUCAAGUUCCCAGCUGGAUGCAGCCAACCCUGCCGGUUUUUUCUUUCAGCAAGACCUCAGACUACUGGGACAUCAUGUACCCUGCUUGGACAUUUUGGGAGGGCGGGCCUGCCGUGUGGCCUAUAUAUCCUACUGGAUUGGGAAGAUGGGAUCUGAUGAUAGAUGACCUUAAAAAGUCUGCAGCACAGUGGCCAUGGAAGAAAAAAGAGUCCAAAGGAUUCUUUAGAGGCUCCAGAACCAGUCCAGAGCGUGACCCUCUGAUCCUUCUGUCCAGAGAAGCUCCAGAGCUGGUGGAUGCAGAGUACACAAAGAACCAGGCCUGGAAGUCUGAGAGGGAUACCCUAGGGAGACCAGCGGCUAAAGAAAUCCCAUUGGUCGAUCACUGCAAAUACAAGUAUUUAUUCAACUUCCGGGGCGUGACUGCCAGCUUCCGCUUCAAACAUCUCUUUCUCUGUGGUUCCCUUGUGUUUCAUGUGGGGGAUGAAUGGCAGGAGUUUUUUUACCCUCAGCUCAAGCCCUGGGUCCACUAUAUCCCAGUCCAACAGGAUCUCUCUGAUGUCAGGGAACUUCUGCAGUUUGUCAGAGAGAAUGACGUCAUUGCACAAGAAAUUGCCACAAGGGGGAAAGAAUUCAUCCUGAGCCACCUGCGAAUGCAAGAUGUUUCCUGCUACUGGGAGCGACUCCUGAUCGAGUUUAGUCAACUCCUCACCUACAAACCCAAAAGAAGGAAUGACUACAACCAGGUUGUCCACAGACCCAGUAAGACAGAGCUGUAAAAGAGCGGCUCUGCAGGUCCAGGGCAGCUGAAGAUAAUGAAUGUAAUCACCGCACCACUACAUGUGAUGUCCUCACUAAAGGAACAGUUAAUAGGACACAUCAUUUAGGAUUAUGUAGUUGUAUUGUGGCAUCUUGAGGUGCCAAUAGGGGGCUUGUAUGUUGACUUUUCACUGAUCAUUUUCUGGUCCCAUGAAUUGAUUUGCUAAAAAGCACCAGUGUAAUGUUGGCUGUCAGCAGCUGCUCAAACAUCUACAAAGAAUGCAUCAGUAAUAAUACAAACUAAAACUACCACGAUUGUAUGUAUUUUAUGUAUUACUAUUGUGUGUAUAUUAAGUACACUGAAUAUGUUAUUGAUGGGAAAAGGCAGCAUCACUGCAGCAGCCAUUUAGUUUCAACUAGUGUGACUUUUAUCUUCAUGAACAGUGAAGUUGAACACCUUUGCUACACUGCCCUCUACUGGGCGACAGGAGCAGUACCACCAGGCCUUUACCGAGUUUUAUUCCAUACACCAAAUGAGUUUACUGUAUGAUUUGUUUCUACAAACGGCACAAUAACAAUGGCAGCCUGUGUCCUGGUGGCUUCCUAAAUAGUACAGAAGAAUGACCAACACUAUUUGAGUCCACACAAAUUGCCAUUAGUAAGUAAUAAUGACAUGUAAUUUGUUUUAUUUUGAUGUGUGGAGUUAAUUGUUUUUACAUUUUGAAAAGAAUCUUAGUGUUAAGAGAUGGCAGAUGAUGUGUAAUUGAUACAGGAUAAUGUUGAAUAUGUUGUAGUAUUCACAUUAUGCUUUGAACAAGCAUUGUGUAGCAUCAUGUGUGUUUUAACAAUGUGUUAGGAAAUCUGAUAAAGAUGGUCUGUUAUUGUGUUAACUUGAUCAAAAAAGUGGUGAUCAGAGUGUGACAUUCAGGUUGCUGUCACAGCUUGUGCAGCAUUUUUCAUUUGCAAAUAAACGGCUUAGUUCUGGCACAUUC